AUGACUGAGGCAGCUGUUGAUGCAACUCUCAGCAAAGAAGUCAUUCAGGGUCCAUCCAAAGAGCAAACCAAGAUUGAGGUGCUGUUUAAGCCUGUUGGUGAUGCACCAUGCAUGAAAAAGUCUAAGUGGAAGGUAGCCAGAUCUGAUACUUUAUCGGCGGUGACAAGUUUCCUAUUUAAAUACCUUAACCUUAUUCCACAGCAAGACAGUAUUUUCAUCUUUGUUUCAUCCAGUUUCACGCCUCCUUUGGAUACCGAAUUAGGCACUCUUUUUGACUGUUUCAGUACUGAAGGGACACUGAUUCUGCAAUAUUGUAAAUCGCAAGCCUGGGGCUAA